AUGGCGAGCAGCGUAGUUGCGGAUGAUGGAGCGAAGAGCCGACCUGAAGCAUCUGCGCUCGACACGCUUCUCGCAGAUCACUCUCUGCGACUGCAAAAGUGGCAGAGUGCAGGGCUGGACGGCGGAGCGGACGGCGGAGUGCUGCCGGAUCCGGCGGGCGUGUUCUGCAAUCGCGAGCUGAGGCUCUCGGACUCGAUUGACGUCAUCGGGUUCGACUACGACAUGACGCUUGCGGUGUAUACGGAGGAGCUGCAGUCGCUCAUCUUCCAUCUGGCGACAAAGCAUCUUGUGGAGGUCAUGGGCUAUCCCGAGGCGCUGCGGAGCGCCGAGUACACGCACAACUGGGCCAUCCGCGGGCUGGCGUUCGACAAGGCCAAGGGUCUGAUCAUCAAGCUCGACGCCUUCAACUUUGUCGACGACUCGGCGGUCUUUGCCGGUACUCGGCGGCUGAGCAGGCAGCAGGUCGCCGAGCUGUACUCGACGUCGCGGCACCUGCCCAAGAACUACAUGCGCGACCACGUCCAGGUCAUGCAUGACCUGUUCUGCCUCCCUGAGAUCGAGCUCCUGGCCGGCAUUGUGGACUUGUUUGCGGAGCGGAGCGUGGUAUACGACCCGUCGUACGUGGUUGCCGACGUGCGGACGGCGGUCGAGGCGGUCCAUCAGGGCCUGACCGACCCGGGCAUGCACCGGACCAUCAUGCGGCACCCGGAGAAGUACCUUGUCCGCGACGAUCGGCUCGGCGCUCUGCUGGCUGAGAUCCGGGCAUCAGGCAAAAAGAGCUUUCUGCUGACCAACUCGCCGUUCCCGUUUGUCGACGCCGGCAUGCGGUACAUCCUCGACGACGACGAGUGGCGGCGGCACUUUGACAUUGUAAGCUGCACGGCGGCCAAGCCGGCGUUCUUCAACUCGACCCGCCCAUUCCGCAAGCUCUGGCGGCCGUCGACCGGAUCGCCCGAGCUCUCGUGGAAGACGGUCGACUCGUUUGAGCCGGGCUCUGUCUACGUCCACGGCUCGGUUGACGCCUUCCACAAGCUCGGCGGCUUUACCUCGCCCGACCGCAUCCUGUACAUCGGCGAUAACCUGCCGUCGGAUCUUGUGUCGCCGGCGCGCAAGCAUUCUUGGCGGACAGCAGCCAUCAUCCGCGAGCUCGAGUCGGAGAUUGCAGUGACCAACUCGGAGCAGGCGCUGCGCCUCCGCGGCGUGCUUGCCGAGACCAAGAAGACCAUCUCGGCCCUGACCGACGCCAUGUACUCGGCCUCGCCCGAUGCUGCUGCCGAGCACUACGUCGCCGCGCUUGGCCAGCUCCGCCGCGAGCAUCGCGAGACCGAGGAGGCCAUUGCUGGCCUCUUCACCGCACCAUUUGGCCCUACUAUGCGCGCCCGCGAUCACGUCUCGCACUUUUGCGCCACGGUCGAAAAGUACGCCGACGUCUACACCGCGUCGGUCGUCAACUUUCUGCGCUCUGGCGGCCUGGCGUACGACUACUUUCCCAAGGUCCGUCUUGCGCAGCACGAGUCGCCGCCUCCGCCGCCGGGCGCCUCACCGUAAAGCGUACGUGUGCGGAUA